AUGGAUAUAUAUGAUAGCUCCUACUUUAUCUAUAACAAAACGUUUUGUAAAAUGCUUGGAAUUUGGCCGUUUGACUGUAAAAAAAAGAAGUAUCUGAUCAGAAUGUGGCCUUUCAUUGCGAUGAUUCUAUUUGUUAUACCACACGCCAUAGGUAUGAUGGUUCACCGAUCGAAUAUUGAUAGAUUUAUGGAACAUGGAUGUCUUGCUGUGUUCAUCCUUGUAGUUUUAUUAAAACUAAUUACGGUGUUUAUAACUGAAGAAAAAAUAAAAUUAAUGCUGAAUGGUGUAGUUAUCAAUUGGCAAUCAAUACGCGACGAAGAAGAAAUAAAUAUUUUAAAAAAGUAUUCUGAAAGAGGUAGAAAACUUACGAUUGGUUACUUCUUAUACAUGUUUGGUUGCACUAUAUUAUUUGUAUUUCUACCUUUGACACCAGUAGUCAUAAAUAAGCUGAGACCAUCGGCAGAACCGUUACCCCUUUUACAUUUAACGAAUGCUGAAUUUUUAGUAGACAGAUCAGAUCACUAUUGGAAAUGUUAUUCCUGGGAUCUUGCAACUACAGCUGUAACCGCUUUGAUUGUCGUAGUGGUGGAUACUUUAUUUGCAGUUUGUGUAGAACAUUGUGUGGGAUUGUUUACUAUUGUCAAAUAUCGCUUGCAACGUCCCAAUGGUUUAAGUUGCGACGAGAAUGGAGAUGAUGAGGUUUCCUAUCACCUGAUGGUAGAAACGAUUAAAUUAUACCAAGUUAGCUUAAGAUUUGCAAUAACUUUAGAAACUGCGUAUUCUUCCUGUUUUAUUAUAAUAAUGAUAUGUAAUCUUAUCAUCAUCCCUUUGAUAUGUAUAAUGAUAAUCAUGAAUGCGAAUGAGACUGUACAGUUGAUUAGAUGGGUAAUGGUUUAUCUGGGAUUGGCAAUGCAUCUUUUCUAUCUAUGUUUAGCGGGACAAAAGAUAAUCGACUACAGUGCCGAUCUUUUCUCAGAUUCUUACUAUAACGAAUGGUAUAAAGGUUCCAGAAGAACCAAAAUAUUACUGAAAUUUUUCAUGCUUCGAUGUACGCAACCUGCUAUGUUAACAGCUGGCGGACUGAUGACUAUGGGCAUGGAAACAUACUUAGCGAUUAUGAAAACUGCUUUAUCCUAUAUAACGGUGCUUUCAUCUUUCCGAUAGAAAAGGAAGGAGCUGAAUCAAAUCAUGAUGCUACGUAUAAUUUAUACUUGCUAAAAAUACUUAAACACUACGAAAACCUUACUCACAUUUCGUUAUCAAAUUGAUACAUUGAGAGUCCAAACUGAAUCAAGACAUUCAAUUUAGUAUA